GGCCGCGGGGCUCGGGCCUAUUGGGGUGGGCGGGGCGGAGUCGGGUUGCUAGUUGUCCCCGGGUACCCCCCACACGCCACGGGGCCUGGAGGACUUAGCGGGGCAGUCUCGAACCCGGCUGCGGUGGCGAAGCCUGGCGCCUAGCAGGGGGCCUUCUCAGGGCCCCAGGACGCGUCUGUGGGUACCAGGGGGCGUCUACGGGGUGUCCCUGAGAGGACUGGGGGCGUCCGUAGGGCCUGGACCGAGCACAGGGCCUGCUCUCCAUCAUAUACCUGGACCUGGGUAGUGUCUGUAGGCGCUGUAGCUCGUUUUUAUACGCAGACCGGAGGAUAGGGUCUGCUGAGUGUUUUGGGGCCAUCUUGAGAUCUUGAGCUGUGUCCCAGGGGUGAAGGAGGUCUGCAAGAGCUGAGGAGUAUCUGCAAAGCCACCUACAGCACCUGGGGUGACCAUGGAGGAAGAAGAUGAGUCUCGAGGAAAGACAGAGGAGUCAGGCGAGGAUCGGGGUGAUGGUCCGCCUGAUAGAGACCCCACACUUUCUCCUUCUGCCUUUAUCCUGCGGGCCAUUCAGCAGGCUGUGGGAAGCUCCCUGCAGGGGGAUCUGCCGAAUGAUAAAGAUGGCUCUGGGUGUCAUGGCCUUCGAUGGAGACGCUGCCGGAGCCCACGGUCAGAGCCCCGUCCGCAGGAAUCGGGGGGAACUGACACGGCUACUCAUGGAGCCCCUCCUGGCCUACUCCAGGUGUUGGACAUGGCUGCAGACAGCUUCCUCACGGGGCUGGUAAGCAUCCUGGAUCCUCCAGAUACCUGGGUUCCCAGCCGCCUGGACCUACGGCCUGGCGAAAGCGAGGACAUGCUGGAACUGGUGGCCGAGGUCCGUAUUGGGGACAGGGAUCCCAUCCCCCUACCUGUGCCCAGCCUGCUGCCCCGUCUCAGGGCCUGGAGGACGGGCAAAACGGUUUCUCCACAGUCUCACUCUUCUCAACCCACCUGUGCCCGCCACCUCCUCACCCUGGGCACAGGAGAUGGGGGCCCUGCUCCACCCCCUGCCCCCUCCUCUGCCUCCUCUUCACCAUCCCCUUCUCCCUCUUCAUCCUCCCCUUCCCCUCCUCCUCCUCCUCCCCCCCCUGCCCCCCCAGCCCCACCUGCCCCCAGAUUUGACAUCUAUGAUCCCUUCCACCCCACCGAUGAGGCCUAUUCCCCACCACCUGCUCCAGAGCAAAAGUAUGAUCCCUUUGAGCCCACUGGCUCCAACCCCAGCUCCUCAGCUGGGACCCCCUCACCUGAGGAAGAGGAAGAGGAGGAGGAGGAGGAGGAGGAAGAGGAGGAGGAGGAGGAGGAGGAGGAGGAAGGCCUGUCCCAGAGCAUCAGCCGCAUCUCCGAGACCCUGGCAGGCAUCUAUGAUGACAAUAGCCUGAGCCAGGACUUCCCAGGUGAUGAGAGUCCCCGCCCAGACCCACAGCCCCCACAGCAGACUCCAGCCUCUGGAACACCACCCCAAGCGGACUCCACGCGAGCAGAUGGAGCCACCCGACGGCGUGUCUUUGUGGUAGGGACUGAGGCAGAGGCCUGUCGGGAAGGCAAGGUCUCUGUGGAGGUGGUGACAGCUGGUGGAGCUGUUCUCCCGCCUCCCCUGUUGCCACCUGCCGAUUCAGAGAUUGAAGAGGGUGAGAUCGUCCAGCCAGAGGAAGAGCCCAGGGUGGCACUCUCCCUCUUCCGGGCCAGUGGCAGGGCCCCCAGGCCUCCUCCAGCCUCCACGGCCACCCCUGCAACCCAGCCCCUGCCCCAACCUCCUGCUCCCCGGGCCCCUGAGGGGGACGACUUCUUGUCUCUGCAUGCGGAAUCCGAUGGCGAGGGAGCUCUACAGGUGGACCUAGGGGAGCCGGCCCCCGCACCACCUGCUGCUGACACGCGCUGGGGUGGCCUGGACCUCCGCCGCAAAAUCCUGACCCAGCGUCGAGAGCGCUACCGCCAGCGAUCACCUUCCCCGACCACAGCCACUGCGACCGCCGCCUCCGCUGUGGGCCCACCCACUCGCAAGAAGUCUAGGCGGGAGCGCAAGCGCAGUGGGGGCGAGGUGAAGGAGGCAGCCUCGUCCUCUUCCGGCACCCAGCCUGCCCCGCCGGCACCGGCCUCCCCCUGGGACUCCAAGAAACACCGCUCUAGGGACCGCAAGCCGGGCUCCCACACCUCAUCGUCCACCCGCCGCCGUUCGCGGUCCCGAUCUGCCCGUCGCCGCUCGCGCAGCUCGGACCGUCGCCGUGGGGGUAGCCGCAGGUCGAGGUCCAGGGAGAAACGCCGGAGGCGGCGGCGCUCAGCCUCCCCGCCUCCGGCCACUUCCUCAUCGUCGUCCUCUAGGCGUGAGCGGCACCGAGGCAAGCACCGGGAUGGUGGCGGCAGCAAGAAAAAGAAGAAGCGGUCACGUUCCCGGGGUGAGAAGCGGUCUGGGGAUGGAGUCGAGAAGGUUUCCGUGCCCACCCAGCAGCCCUCAGGCUCCACUUCCGCAAGUGGUGAACGGGACAGCCGCCGCCGGGGGGCCGUGCCGCCUUCCAUCCAGGACCUCACGGACCAUGACCUCUUCGCCAUCAAGCGGACCAUCACUGUGGGCCGGCUUGACAAGUCCGACCCCCGAGGACCCUCGCCGGCCCCAGCCUCAUCACCCAAGCGUGAGGUCCUGUACGACUCAGAGGGACUGAGUGGGGAAGAGCGGGGCGGCAAGAGCAGCGAGAAGGACCGUCGGCGCUCAGGGGCUGCCUCCUCCUCUUCUUCCUCCCGGGAGAAGGGAUCUCGGCGGAAGGCUCUUGAUGGGGGGGACCGGGAUCGGGACAGGGACAGAGACAGGGAGAGGGACAGGUCAUCUAAGAAGGCCCGGCCUACCAAGGAGUCAGCACCUUCCUCAGGGCCCCCACCAAAGCCUCUGGUCAGCAGCGGCUCAGGCUCCUCCUCCUCCUCCUCUUCCUGUUCCUCCCGGAAGGUGAAGCUGCAGUCCAAGGUGGCGGUUCUGAUCCGAGAGGGUGUUAGCAGCACCACGCCAGCCAAGGAUACUGCAUCUGGUGGCCUGGGCUCCAUCGGAGUCAAGUUCAGCCGUGACAGGGAGAGCCGCUCCCCCUUCCUCAAGCCUGAUGAGCGGGCUCCCACUGAGGUGGCCAAAGCUGCUCCGGGCAGCACCAAGCCCAAAAAGACCAAGGUCAAAGCCAAGGCUGGGGCCAAGAAAGCCAAGGGGACCAAGGGAAAGACCAAGCCAUCCAAGACCAGGAAAAAGAUGCGCAGUGGAGGCAGCAGUGGUGGCAGUGGGGGCCCUGUGUCACUGAAGAAAUCCAAGGCAGAUAGUUGCAGCCAAGCAGCUGGAACCAAGGGAGCAGAGGAGACUUCCUGGUCUGGGGAGGAGCGGGCAGCCAAGGCCCCUAGCACCCCACCCCCCAAGGCAGCCCCUCCACCUCCUGCACUCACUCCAGACUCACAGACUGUAGAUAGUAGCUGCAAGACUCCUGAAGUCUCCUUCCUGCCUGAAGAGGCUACUGAGGAGGCUGGGGUUCGAGGUGGGGCAGAGGAGGAGGAGGAGGAAGAAGAAGAGGAGGAGGAGGAGGAAGAGGAGGAGGAGCAACAGCCUGCCACCACCACAGCCACCAGCACAGCUGCAGCUGCCCCAAGCACCGCUCCCAGUGCAGGGUCCACAGCUGGAGACUCGGGAGCAGAGGAUGGUCCAGCAACUCGUGUCUCCCAGCUGCCCACACUGCCCCCACCCAUGCCCUGGAACCUGCCGGCUGGUGUGGACUGCACCACCAGUGGCGUCCUGGCCUUGACUGCACUUCUCUUCAAGAUGGAAGAAGCCAACCUGGCAAGCCGAGCAAAGGCCCAAGAGCUGAUCCAGGCCACCAACCAGAUCCUCAGCCACCGGAAGCCACCCUCAGGUUUGGGGGUGGCCCCAGCUCCUGUGCCCACCUCUCUGGGUCUGCCACCUGGCCCCUCCAGCUACCUGCUUCCUGGCAGUCUCCCCCUGGGGGGCUGUGGCUCUACCCCACCCACCCCCACUGGGCUGGCUGCUGCAUCUGACAAGAGAGAGGGCAGCAGUAGCUCCGAGGGACGAGGGGACACAGACAAGUAUCUGAAGAAGCUGCACACACAGGAGCGGGCAGUGGAAGAGGUGAAGCUGGCCAUCAAGCCAUACUAUCAGAAGAAGGACAUCACCAAGGAGGAGUACAAAGACAUCCUGAGGAAGGCCGUCCACAAGAUCUGCCACAGCAAAAGCGGUGAGAUCAACCCGGUGAAGGUGAGCAACCUGGUACGGGCCUACGUCCAGCGCUACCGCUACUUCCGCAAACAUGGCCGCAAGCCUGGGGAUCCCCCCGGUCCCCCCCGGCCGCCCAAGGAGCCAGGGCCCCCUGAUAAGGGUGGCCCAGGCCUGCCCCUUCCUCCUCUCUGAGACCCACAUCCCAGCCACCCCCUCUACCCUUCGCCUCUUUGAGAUUCUGGACAUAUUUAUGGCUCCAUCUCCCUUCUUCCCUCCCCAAUCAGUGGGAUGAUUGGGGGAGGGUCGCUGCAGGGAAGAGGAGAGCCCCUGCCCUGCCCAGCCUCUGCCCAUCUCCCUUGCCCCCAAGCCUGUCCCCAUUGCCUCUCCCCUGUUUGUGCCCCUCCCCCAAUUUCAUUAAAGAUUUCAUGAAAUGUUA